UCAACUUUCAGUAGUGCCAGAGAUCCGCUGUUGUAUAGUGACUGAUAUUCUGGUUUCUGCUCCUUAUCAGUUUGUUAUCGCGUGUUAUCAGUACCGGAAGAAGAAGAAAAAUGGAAGUGCUCGAGAUUUUAGGUUAUAUUCUCGGCGUGUAGAUACCCUCUUUGUGGUGUUUUGUGCAAAAUUGUGUGGUGUUUCAAGUGUGUGCAUUUUGUGAUCAGUUUGUUUUUGUUGAAAAUACGGCGUGCUUUAUGUUGGAUGCGUUCCAGUUCGUUUGGGUGUGCACCAACCUAGACUCCGAAAUAUGCUAUGUUGGCGCGCUGCUGUUGCCGUACUGCUUCUAGUCGCGGUGAUGCCAGCAGUGGACAACACGUUAAAAACAGUACAGCGACCGCUACAUGUCUCACAGCCAUCUAUUACAACUUGACAACUAUUUCAAACUGUGUUACCGUGUUGCAUUUGACAAUAACUUUCAACAAACUCUGUACCGUCGUUAGCAGAUGGUACAACAAGUGUAAACAACUGUUAUCAACGGAAUUAUGAAGCUCUUUAACUAAAUAAUUGAAUAGACUUUUCUUGAUAUUUGUUACAAUUUUGAUCUACAAGUGCUCAAACGCCUUCCAAUUAAUUUAUAUGUUGAAAUCCUUUUCAAUUCUAUUAGGAAGCUCUACAAACAGCCUGAAACGAUUCUACAAAUGUUGGAUUGUCAACAGCUUACAUCAACGAUAUUUUCUAGUAGUGACCAACAAGUGUACAUCUGGUCAUAAAAAAAUGAGGAUUGUCUAGGUCUAGAACUAGUAUCAACAAAUUUUCGCCGAGAUUUGUGUGUUAAUUUGAAUUCCAUCUGUUUUUGGGGGGGUGAUGGUUCGAAAUUAGCUGGAAAUUUGUCAUUUAUUAUUAGUGAAAGUGAACAUUCGUCUGUUAUUGGGGCGUAAUACUUCAAAAUCAGUGAAAAAUACAACGUUUAGUUUUGGUAAUAGUUGAAAAUCAUCGGACAAUUCUCCCAUUUUGGGAGGUGAAAGUGGUGAAAUAUGCAGAACGACUCGAGGGGAGCAGUGGACAAUAUAUCGACGUUGAGUAUGGUGGUGAAAAGUACAGCGCGGACCUCCCGGCUACUGAGGGUGUUUGGUGGCGGCCAUGGAGGUGCGGGUGGCAAGGAGGGUUGGUUCUCGUCGCUCAAGAGGUCGGCGACUGGGAGGGGUAAGAAGAACAAUCGGCUCACCAAGUCCGCCUGGGAUAUCAAUGCAGUGCAACUCAAAGAUGAACUCGGCGAAGUGGUGGCCGAAAUGGAGAAUAUGGACACUGCCGAUGACAGUAAAAACCACACGCGCACGAAGCAGACGUCGAUCGGCCGGAAGAAGUUCAACAUGGACCCGAAGAAGGGCAUCGAAUACCUGUUGGAGCAUGGCCUACUGCAGCCGACGGCCGACGAUGUGGCCGCCUUCCUGUAUAAGGGCGAAGGCCUCAACAAGACCGCCAUCGGCGACUACCUCGGCGAGAGAAGUGAUUUCAACGAAAAGGUGCUUCGAGCGUUUGUCGAUCUGCACGACUUCACCGACCUGAUCCUGGUACAGGCGCUGCGUCAGUUCCUGUGGAGUUUCCGGCUUCCGGGCGAAGCGCAGAAGAUCGACCGCAUGAUGGAGUGCUUCGCGCAGCGCUACUGCCAGCUCAACCCCAACAUAUUCACCAACACGGACACCUGCUAUGUGCUGUCGUUCGCCAUCAUCAUGCUCAACACCUCGCUGCACAACCCCAGUGUCAAGGACAAACCGAGUGUCGACCAGUUUGUGUCGAUGAAUAGGGGCAUCAACAAUGGCGGCGAUCUGCCCAGGGAGCUGCUCGACAGUCUCUACGAGAGCAUCAAGACUGAGCCGUUCAAGAUACCCGAGGACGACGGCAACGAUCUCAUGCACACCUUCUUCAAUCCCGAUAAGGAGGGCUGGUUGUGGAAGCAGGGUGGCAGAUACAAGAGCUGGAAACGCCGGUGGUUCAUUCUGAACGACAACUGCCUGUACUACUUCGAGUACACGACCGACAAGGAGCCGCGAGGCAUCAUUCCGCUGGAGAACAUCGAGGUGCGUGAGGCGGCCGACCGCCACUCGUCCAAGCCGCACUGCUUCGAGCUCUACGCCGCAGCCGGCACCGACUUCAUCAAGGCAUGCAAAACUGACAGCGAGGGAAAGGUCGUCGAAGGUAAACACACUGUAUAUAGAAUGUCUGCUGCCACCUCCGAAGAAAAGGAUGAAUGGAUCAAGUGUCUCAGACAAAGCAUCAGCCACAAUCCUUUCUAUGACAUGCUAGCAGCACGCAAAAAGAAAGCGCAGAAGACCAACGCGCAUCAUCAUCACCAUCAUCAUAGUCAACACCACAACGCUCGCAGCUAACUUCAUCAAUGAAUCAUUCAUCCCAUCAUUCAUUCCGAUGCGUGUGCAAUUAUUUACCAGACAAUUUUUGACGAUGGCGAUGGAAACUUUUAUUUUCUAUCAUCAUGAAAACAAGAAUUUGAAAAUUCUGUUCUAUUAUUGGUGUUUGAAAUCAAAUUUAUUUUCUACACCAUAAAACAAGACUCUAAAAAUAGUUUGGUAUAGUGACCAGUAGUCUUCACGUUUUGAUAUAUCUAUAUACAUAAUGGAUCACACGAAUAUAUAUAUAUUAUUUAUAAAUUGAACAUGUAUAUAGUAUAGAUAUUGUAAAAUAUUGUGUUUGUAAAUACGUAUUGACAAAUUCUGAUUUGAUCAGUAAGUCAGUUUCUAACGAUGCUAAGAUUUGUUUCUUGAUUUCUAAUUUAAUGCGAUUGGUUGUUGAUUUUAUUGUGCCUUGAGAAUUGAUUUAGUUGUGACUAAAAGCUAGAUUGUAAAUCGGCUGUAUGUUAUUUGAGAUAGACUUGAUCUAGAAUAUGAUUCUGUUUGAGUGAAAUUGGAAGAGGGUAAUGUUUUAUUGUCCUUAGAGAUAGAAGAAAAAUGGAUUUUUAUUGUUAUUAUGAAUUUAAAGAACAGUCCAGUCUUUAUUGUUCUUUGAGAAAGGAUGAUACUUUUAUGGCUUUUAGAAGUUCAUUGAUAUUUAUUUUCAAAUGUUCACGAUAUUUACAAUUUUUGAACAUGAUCUAUUACAACAGAUUUAAAGAAUUUGGGAAAUAUUUAUUCUUCUAUUUACACAAUAUUUACAAUGUUUAAAAAUAAUCUGUUAUGACAGAUUCAAUUUUUUUUGAAGACGAUGUUUUCUGAGUAUCCAAAUAAUUUUUCCAAAAGUGAUACCAAAACUGAAUAACCUAUGACAUUUAUCAUGAUUUAGAAAAGCAAAUCUUGACAUUUUUGCACAGUUAUAGUCAGAAAUUAAAAAAAAACACACAAUUACAGUGAUUUCUUGUUUGAAUGGGAGCCAAGAAUAAUGUAGACUUUAUUAUUUUGAAAUACACAUAAUUUAGUGUAUUAUUUCAUACUUCUUACUACAUGUAUUGGCUUAGAAAGCUGUUUUACUAUGCAGAAAAUAAAUAUUCUUUUCUGUGGCCAUUCUAUUUUGAUACAUACUCAUUAUAAGUGCACAUGCCUAUUCAUAAAGAAUAAUUAUUUGAACAACAAUUUAACCAAUAUUGGAAUUAAUAGACUUUCUAAAACAAUUUUUUGUUCAAUUAACAUUUUUCCCUCUUUACAUGUAUGAGGCUUGUGAGAGAAUGAAAGAGCUAAUCAUUGAGCAUUUGAGGAUCAAUUUAGACCAAACUACAUACGUCCAUUUGAUUCUUGAAUGGUAUAUUUUCAAAUGAUCCUUCCGUUUUCUUUGUAAAAAUAUUUUUAGUUACCAAACCCAAUCAUCUUGAGUAUUAUGAUCUAAUAUAUGUUUUACACAUUGUUAUAGAUAUGUAAACUAGACUUGUAUUGGCAACAUUGACUGUGGAGACUGGCCAUUCAAAAACGUUUGUAGUUUGGAUACUUUGACUUUUCAAAUCUAUUAUUACUUUUUUAAAUGUUUGAAAAUAGGUUUGGACUGUCAUAUUCCAGUAUAUUAAGAAAUGUGAUCAGCUCAUUCUCAUCACCCAUUGAAAUUUCACUUAAUUUGUUGUAAAUGCCUUGAAAAUCGAAUUAAUUUAAGUUAUCUACCAAGCAGGUAUUUUGUUGUUACAUUUUGGCAAAGAAAGAUUUAUAAAAAAUAAGCGAAAAUUUCCUUCAUAAGAAGAUUUUUAAUUAUAAUGAAUUACAACAUUAAGAAAUUUGUUUUCAAUGGACUGAUAUCUCAAACUUAUUGAUUUUUCUUCCUUUUAAAUAUUUUAAGACCUUGCAAUAUUUUGCGUUGAAUCAAUUAUUGUAUUUUUUAGUGGAAAUCAGCUCUGUGAAUAAUAAAGUAUCAUAUAAUUAAUCGUGAUUUCAUUAAUAUGUUCGAUAAUCUUUGUUUAUUGGAGAUGCAUGUCUACUGCAAUUCAAGUUUUAAGGCAGUGAUUAUGUUUUUGUAAUUGAGUAAUAAUAUUUUUGUAAAUACUGUAAUUAAUGUAAAGAACCAUUACUCCAUACCAUUUCCAAGAUCUUGUACAUUACUAAGUUUUGCAUCAUGAUAUAUAUUGUACAGUAGGCUAUAUACUUUUGUCAUAGUCUGUAGGUAAAAAAUGAAUUAUUAUAUGGUUUGUAGAUAUUUUUUGAUUGUGAAGGUGCCUCGUGUUUGUAAUUCGUGUAGACCAAGAAUAUUGUGACACUGAAAAAAGUAUCUUUUUUCCCUAUAUUUUUUGUAUCCAGGAAUAUUUUCUGCUAUUCACUUUCAAGUAUACCAGUCGUACAAUAUAAAUUUAUUCAUAGUAUUAACAAGUGAUUUAGAUUGUACAAAUUUCUUCCUAUCAUUAACUUAAGAACAAGAUUUAUAAUUUGUUUUCCAAUAUUCAAGCAAGUUUCUGAGUUUCAGUUUUGAGUUUUGAAAUGCUGUUCCGGGUGUCUCAAUUCCCUAAUUUGGUUAUGGCCAUCUUUAUUAUUUGCAAAAAUAUUUUUUUGAGAAAUUGGAAUGAUAGAGAAGAUUAUUUUUAAUUCUCAAUCUACUU